AUGGCACCAAACGAUAAUCUUUUACACAUUCAAAACCAAAUUCCUAUACCAAACUACGUUCGAAUAUUGGAUACCACCCUCCGUGACGGCGAACAAUCCCCUGGUGCCGCAAUGUCUUGCAAAGAGAAGCUCGAGAUUGCACGCUUACUAGUAAAGCUACGCGUUGAUAUCAUAGAGGCAGGGUUCCCUUCUGCUUCCAGUGAUGACUUCAAUGCGGUUAAAAUGAUAGCUGAAGAUGUUGGCAAUGAUGUUGAUAAUGAUGGUUAUGUUCCUGUUAUAUGUGGUGUGUGUAGGUGCAAUAAGAAGGAGGUUGCCAUUACAUGGGAGGCCAUAAAACAUGCAAAAAAGCCAAGAAUAUGUGCUUUUAUAGCCACUAGUCCCAUUCACAUGGAGUACAAACUUAGAAAGACGAAAGAUGAGGUACUCAAUAUGGCUCGUGAUACGGUGAAGUUUGCACAGAGUUUAGGUUGCAGUGAUAUCUCAUUUGCUGCGGAAGAUGCUACCAGAUCGGAGAAGCAAUUCCUUUAUCAAGUUUUGGAAGAAGUUAUUAAAGUCGGGGCAACCACUGUAGUCAUACCUGACACUGUAGGCGUAACAAUGCCAUUUGAAUAUGGAAAAUUCAUUGCUGAUAUAAAAAAGAGUCGAGCGUUGAGAAAGAGAAUUGAAGAGCAUGGUUAUAUACUAAAUGAUGAUGAAUUUGAGAUUCUGUUCAAGAAUUUCAAGCUAUUGGCUGGGACAAAAAAGAGAGUAACCAAUGCAGACCUUAAGGUAUUGAUGUCAAAUGAAGCAUAUUAA